AUGGAAAAUGCAACUAGAAGAUUAAAUGUUACAAACAAUCAUUUACAAUCAAAUAAUUGUUCAGCAGCAGCUGUACAGGAACAAGAAGUAAAAGAGAAUUUAACCAAUUCAAAUAUUGUUGGUGGAUCGACACCAUCACAGAUAUUUGAAAUUCAAAGACCAUUCGAUGCAGAUUCACUCAAUGAAUUCUUGUUUCCCUAUCAUAGGGAUUUGAGAAAACGAUUAUUAUCACAAUGGAAAGGAAGCGAGCUUUUGUCACGUCCAGCAUUUGGAUUGUCGUUAAAGGAGGACCGUGAUCUCACUCUGACACAGUACCACGAGAUGAUGAAGUUGUCGCAGGGCAACUUGUCAGUGUGGGACUAUUUGACCGACCCCUCCAAAGUGGCUGCUUGGACACAAUGCUACCGUCUCCGUAAUAUUGCUGCAUCCACCUUGUUUGGCGUACACAUUUCGUUGUUUGGUUGCUCUAUUCUCUUUUUGGGUACCGAUGAGCAACGUGAGCGUUAUCUCAAGCAUGUAGAGGACGGCUCGAUGAUGGGCUGCUUUGCACUGACCGAACUGGGACACGGCUCCAAUGUGCAGGCGAUCGAGACGUUGGCAACAUACGAUGACAAGACACAAGAGUUUGUGUUGCACUCGCCAACCACCACGAGCCAAAAGUACUUUAUUGGCGGUGCCGCCACCCAUGCCCGUUGGUCAGUUGUCUUUGCGCAGCUGCGUGUUGGUGAAAAGUACGAGGGUGUGCAUGCAUUUGUCGUGCGUAUCCGUAACGAUGACGGCUCGAUGGUACCGGGUGUGCGAGCAGCCGACUGCGGCCACAAAAUGGCACUCAACGGUGUCGACAAUGGUCGUCUCAUGUUUGAUCAGUGUCGCAUCCCACGCGACCAGCUCCUCGCCCGUUACGGCGGUGUCAACAAGGCUGGCAUCUACUCGUCGCCCAUCAACCCAGCCGUCAAACGUUUUGCACACAAUAUUGGCGCACUCGUAAUCGGUCGUUACAUCAUCUCGUUGGGAUCGGUUGCAUUCGUCUGCGUCUCCUUGCUGACCGCCAUCAACUACUCAUUCUCACGUCGCCAAUUUGGUGAUGGCAGUGCUGGAUCGGAACGUCAGCUCAUCUCGUACGCCAUCCAUCGUCGUCGUAUCAUCCCAUACCUCGCCUUCAACUAUGGUGUCCAUUUUGGCAACGAACACUUGCUCCGCCUCAUGUGUGAAAAGGAGAAUAAAAAGGAGAAAGAGAUCCAUGUCUAUGCCAGCGCUCUCAAAGCCUAUGCUUCAUGGCACGGACGUAACUGUCUACAAGAAUGUCGUGAAGCUUGUGGUGGCCAAGGUUUCCUCUCUGAAAAUAUAAUCGGUCCUUUUAAAUCUGAAAUGGAAAUUUAUACUACUUUUGAAGGUGACAAUGUAUUAUUAUUUCAACAAGUUGCAAAACAUAUAUUAACAGAGGCACGUAGAAGACCACCACCAGAAUAUGAACGUCCAUCCGAUAGUCAUAGAUUACGUGUUGAUAGUGCUUAUAUCCGAUCACCAGAGUUUUUGAUGGGUGCGUUGACUGCACGUCUCCACCAUACCACUCCAUUGGUUGCCAGCAGAUUGAUGGAGAGUGUUGGUAGUGGAAAACCAGUGAUGGACGCUUGGAAUGAUGCAGGAGACGUUAUUCUCCAACUCGGUAUUGUCUUUACCGAAAGAUUCCUCUUGGAACGAUUCAUUCAAGAGGUUGGCAAAUGUCCCAACGAAACACAAAGACAGGCUAUGAACCUAUUGAUAUCAUUAAUGGGAUUGACCAUCCUCGACAAGGAUCCAUGGUUCUCUAGAUACGAAUACCUAUCGUCCGAUCAAUCAGAAGCCAUCUCUAAUGAAAUCAACCAACUUUGUCUUCAAAUUGUUCCAUACAGUGUUUCACUCGUCGAAGGUUUUGGUUUCAAUUCAAGUGAUCUUGGUCCAAUCGGUCUCGAUACUGUAUUGUUAACAUAUGAUUCAACCAUUAGAGAAUUGGAAAGAAGUCAUAUCAAUCUAGCGGUAGCAGUCAAUUCGAUAUUCACUUUGUUACUUUUGUUUGGUAAAUUUGUUCAAUACCUAUUCUUUGGUAAAUUAAGAGAAAUUGAAGAAAGAAACUUUAGAGAAAGAUUCUUUUUAUAUGUAGUCACUAAAUUCUUUGUCUUUGCAGUCAAAGACCAUGAAGUUGGAUCCAUCAUAAUGUGGGGAUUUUGGUUCUCCAUCCAAUGUUUUCUAAAGUUAUUUUCUUUAUUGGCAAGAGAUAGAUUCGAAUAUUUAAAUACAUUUUCACCAAAUACACAUGCAAAAAUUCAUUUCAAGUUAUUAUUCCUUUUAGUAUCGAUACUAAUGUCCGAUUUAAUGUGUUUCUAUUUCUCAACAACCAUAUUUUUCGAUAAUGGUCUUUCAAACAUUAUGAUUCUUAAUUUCGAGUUUUUCACAAUCUUUUUUGAAACAAUACAAACUUUGAUUAAAUAUUCAAUCCAUUUAUUUGAUAUGGCUGCAACUGGUGUUUGGGAACAAAGAGGUGCCUACAUUUAUUAUACAGAAUUUGCAACUGAUUCAAUUAUUUUGGCUGGAACUUGUUGUAUACACUAA